CACAGUCCUCCCUAAUGGCAUCGCCGCAGACGGAGGAGUUCUUCGAUCUCAUCGCCAGCUCCCAGAGCAGACGCCUGGAUGACCAGCGUGCCAAUGUGGGCAACCUGCCGGGCCUGCGGAUAACACACAACAACCUGGGGCAUCUGCGUGUGGAAGGGGACGCCCAGGAGCCCGGAGAUGAGUUCUUCAACAUGCUCAUGAAGUGUCAGUCCUCCAGGAUAGACGACCAGCGCUGUGCACCACCAGACUCCAUCCCCCGUGGCCCCACCAUGCCGGACGAAGACUUUUUCAGCCUCAUCCAGCGCGUCCAGGCCAAACGCAUGGACGAGCAGCGGGUAGAUUUGGCCUCAGCCCAGGAGGAGGCAGAAGAGGAGCAGCAGAGGCCUGGUUCCAGCUAA